CAAUUGCGGAAUGCAGCCGUAACUCUGGCAAAAGAGGAGCACAGGUUUCGCGGGGAAGCUGAGGGUCCCUGCCGAGAUCGCAGCCAAGAGAAUCCAUGUAAACCGGAGGAGGCAACUUCCAUUACCGCCAUGUUCGACCCGUGCCUACAUUCCUUCCCAUUGCGAUCGUUUGUAUUUUCUUCACUCGAGAGAGACCACCCACAGACAAAGAGACAAACUUGAGAUAUUGACUGCGCCACCCAAACACAGCCCCCCGCCCCUGAAAAUGACGGCCCAAAACGGCCUCCCCGCCCCCGCCGGCGGCAAGCCCACGGUCCUGCACCUGGGCGACCCCGUCGAAUUCGGCCACGAGCUGUACGCGCAGCUGCAGGAGCGCUUCAACGUGGUGCGGCCGACGCUGGAGGAGCGGCAGCGGCCGGCCUUCCUGCGGGCGCUCCGCGAGGGAAAGUGGGGCGACUUCGCCGCCGUCUUCAAGCCCUUCUGGAACACGGGCGGCGAGAUGGGCCGCUGGGACCGCGAGCUGAUCCCGCUCCUGCCGCCGUCCUUCAAGGUCUACGCCGCGGCCGGCGCGGGGUUCGACUGGGCCGACGUCGACGUCAUGGCUGAGAGGGGAAUCAUAUACUGCAACGGCGCCGGGGCCUCGACCGAGGCCGUGGCCGACAUGGCCGUCUACCACAUCCUGUCCGUCUUCCGCAACAUGCAGUGGUCCAACAUGGCGGCCCGCGGUGGCGACCCGGACGCCUUCCUCGACGCCCACCGCAACGCCCCCGUGGGCGCCCGCAACCCGGCCGGCCACGUGCUCGGCGUCGUCGGGCUCGGCCGCAUCGGCCAGCGCGCCGCCCAGAAGGCGCACGCCGCCUUCGGCAUGCGCAUCGCCUACCACGACGUCGCGCCGCGGUCGGCCGAGCAGACGGCCGGACUGGGCGCCGACCUCAAGGGGUACGAUUCCCUCGAGGAGAUGCUCCCGCACGCCGACUGCGUACUCAUGGCCGCCCCGACGCAGCCCGACGGCAAGCCAAUCCUAAAGAGGAAGCACAUUUCGAUACUCAAGAAGGGCGCGCGCGUCGUCAACAUCGGGAGGGGCACGCUGCUGGACGAGGAGGCGCUGGCGGAUGCGCUCGACAGCGGAGCCGUGUAUUCGGCCGGGCUGGACGUGCAUGCCAAUGAGCCGCACGUCAGUGCGAGGUUGCGGGCGCACCGCAAAGUCAGCUUGACGUCGCAUACGGGGGGUGGUGCGCUCGAAACCACCAUGGGAUUCGAGGCGCUCAGCAUGCAAAAUGUGCUGGCAGUCCUAGGUGGAAAGAAACCACUGACACCAGUGAAUCUUCACCUGUUCAAAAAGACCUAGAGGCGGGGGCCGGUGAGCCACGCUAGUCUAGGCAGGGCAAUCAAUGUUGAUAGAUGGAAUGCCAAGAGCACAGACGCCCAUCACACUAUUGCCCAGCACGAGUCGAAGACGGUGUGCAUGACGGCGCGUAUUGGUGGCGUCUUGGCG